AACUGAUAGACUAUAUACCGGUAGGCCGCCCUUUAUCAUUUUAUUGCGAUCAUCGAAGUACCAUAUUACAACACUGGAGAAAAUGUAUCCAAAACGCGAAGUUUUGAUCAUAUUAUUCCUCAUAUUUGUAUUUCGAUUUGGAGAAUCAGGAAAGACACAUGUUGUGAAGAUUACAGACAAGAAUUGGUCAAGGACGCUGGAAGGGGAAUGGCUUAUCAAAUUUUAUGCUCCAUGGUGUCCGGCAUGCAAGUCCAUUAUGCCUGUUUGGAAGGAGCUGUCUGAUUGGAGUCAAGAACUUAACGCUAACAUUGCUGAGGUUGAUGUUACAGAGGAACCAGGAUUGAGUGGACGUUUUGCAGUUACAUCCUUGCCAACAAUCUUCCAUUCCAAAGAUGGAAUUUUCAGAAGAUAUCUUGGACCGCGCACCAAAGAUGAUCUCAUUAGUCUUGUGGAAGAGAAAAAAUAUGAGGAAAUUGAACCUGUAGCUGGAUGGCAGUCUCCAAACUCUAUUUCUAUGUCAAUUCUAUCUUGGGUCUUUAAGAUGUCAAUGCUUGUAAGGGUUACCCAUACAAUACUAACAGAAGAGUAUGGCUUUCCCUCUUGGAGCUCUUAUGGGUUUUUUGCAGUGAUGACAGUUAUGCUUGGUUUAGUACUAGGAAUGAUCCUAGUGGUGAUAGCAGACUUCUUUUGCCCUGUGAAACCCCCAAAGCGAGAAACUCCAGACACCCCACUAUCGCAGCACGAAGACAUUUCAGAGGAAAGGAAAAAAGAAGAAGAGGAAGAGGAUAAUGAAGAAGAAGAGGAUAAUGAAGAAGUUAAGGAUGAAGGGAGAAGUGGUGAUCAGACGGUUCGGAAAAGGAAAUCAGACAAGGACAAUACACAGUCAGAAACAACAUCAUAA